AUGGCAGUGCUGAAAAGUGACUCUGCCGUGUGGAGUUUGGAGCAUGCUGAAGACUGGAGGCUGGCCUGCUUGCAGUUGCUGGUAUGGGGCAAAGGAUUUGGUGCUCUACUGGUGUUCUUGACAGCAGAUUGCUGCUGGUGUGGUCUACAGAAGAGGCUUGGGUGGCUGGUUUUCUGCUGCAAAGGCUGUGCAGAGGUGGUGCUCUCGGGUCUGCUAGAGUGGCCGUGGGCUGAUGUUGCUCGGAUGUUGAUGGUGCUGAUUCCACAGUUCCUUGGUUCCCUCACCAGUCUCACUUAUUUGAACCUUUCUUCUACGGGAUUUAUGGGCCCUAUUCCUCCUCAACUUGGGAGCUUGCUUUAUCUUGAUAUUGGCAGGAAUGAUUAUUUGUACAUUGCAAAUGAUGUAAAAUGGAUUUCUCAUUUCUCCUCAAUUGAAUUCCUUGACAUGACCUAUGUCAAUCUCAGUCGGGCAUCUAAUAAUUGGCUUCAGAUGAUGAACAUGCCCCCUUCCUUGUCCACGCUACACUUGUCUCUCUGUUUCCUCAGAUGGCUUUCUAGUCUCUCUUCUAUUGUUUCGCUUGAUCUGAGUUAUAACCGAAUUCCUGGUUUGCUUCCUCCCCUUCUACGAAACCUAACUACUCUUCGGUUCCUUAAUCUGGUUUAUAACCCAUUCAACUCUGCAAUACCAAAGUGGUUGUAUGACAUGACCAGCCUCCAAAUUCUUGAUCUUAAAUACAACAAUUUUCAAGGAUCAAUUUCACGUGCUUUUGCCAACCUUACAUCACUCACAGAACUUCAGUUGUCUUCCAAUUACUUUGAAGGACGAAUUCCAAGAUCCUUGGGAAAUCUUUGCAAUUUAAGAAUUUUAGGUUUGUCAUUGAACCAACUCAGUGGAGAUAUUUCUGAAUUUUUUGGAGAUCAUUCAUCUAAUUUGUGCAUCAAGGAAAUGCUAGAGUCCUUGAAUUUUGGGGCCAAUUCCUGUGUCUAUAAGGAAAUUAUCAUCCUUGAGGAGGUUAAAUUAUCUUCCAAUCUUUUCAAUGGGAGUAUUCAAGAAACUCUUGGAAGUCUCUCCAAAUUAGAAGGAGUGUUUAUCUCUAACAAUUCCUUUGAAGACACCGUUUCAGAAGUUCACUUUGCAAAUCUGACAAGACCAGAGUAUUUUGUAGCUGAUUCAAACCAGCUGACCUUGAAAAUAAGCCGCAAUUGGAUUCCUCCAUUUCAACUCCGUGAAAUAUCUAUGAGCUCAAGUGAUGGGGGACCUCAAUUAUUUCCUGCAUGGCUUCAAACAUAG